AUGUCACAGCGCUCGGUGGCCGUUGUUGCCACUGGUUUGGGUUGUUUUGCCCUAGCAGCAUGCUUCCUCGCCUUCCCCAUGAUCCUCAGUGAGAUCGGUGACAUCCGAGCUGAGCUCGAUGCUGAGAUGGAGUCUUGGAAGAUCGAGACUGACGGUCUAUGGAGAGACAUGAACAAAUACGGACGUGUCCGUCGUCAGGCUUACGGAUAUGCUCCUCCUCCGCCUCGUGGAAGCUUCCCAGGACACGGUGGACCUCAGGGACCUAACGGAGGCUUCCCCGGUGGCGGAUUUGGUGACCAGCCUUAUCCCGGAGAUGCUGGAGCUCCGCCGCAUCCUACUGGAGGAAAUGGAAACAUUCCUGGCGUUGUCGGUGUUCCUCCUAACCUCAACAACAACCUCCAUGGAACCGAUGGAGCCCCUUCAAGCCAACCCAACGGUAACUGCAAUUGCAAGGCCGACAACACCUGCCCAGCAGGACCAGCAGGACCUAAGGGAGUUCCCGGAUUUGAUGGCCCCGACGGAAUUCCUGGAGUGCCUGGUAUUGAUGGACAGGAUGCUGACGACGCGAAAGCUCAAACUCAACAAUACGCUGGAUGUUUCAACUGCCCACAAGGACCUCCAGGACCCCCUGGACCUACUGGGAAGCCCGGUCCUCGUGGUAUGCGCGGAGCACGCGGACAAGCUGCAAUGCCUGGCCGCGAUGGACAGCCUGGAUUCCCCGGAACCAUUGGAGGUCUUGGAGCACCGGGACCAGCAGGAGAGGAAGGACCCCAGGGAGAACCCGGAGAGGAUGUCGAACACCAAAUUGGGCUCCCUGGAACCAAGGGAGAGCCUGGAGCACCUGGAGAAGCUGGAGAGCAAGGUCAUCAGGGAGACACUGGAGCACCUGGACAAGCUGGUCCUCCUGGAGAACGUGGACCUCAAGGAGAGAAGGGAGAUGACGGUGCUCACGGAACUCCUGGUGAGCCUGGAGAGGAAGGAGAACCAGGCAAAGACGCCGAGUACUGCCCUUGCCCCAAGCGCAACGCCGCUCAAAACGUGCAGGCAGCCGGAUACCGUCGUUACUAA